GCGUUGAGCGCUUUCUCGACAGGAUGUCUGGUCAACAGCGAAGAUAUAUGAGCAAGCGCCAGCGCCCAUGUGACUUCUGCCGCUCUCGCAAGACUGCGUGUCGGAUUGAUCAAGCGCCGCCAUGCCGCCUCUGCGUAUCACACAACCGCCAGUGUACUUUUAUCGAGGCUGCUGCGCCUAGGAAGAAACUAUUGACGUCUGACGACGGCCCUAGUGUGGUCGGCCUGUCGAGCUCAUCUCAUGUUGAUACACCCAUCAUGGCAUUGCCGACAACAGUACCAACCCCUUCGCAACUUCUUCCGCAGUCUCCACACAAGGAGCUUGGUCAGUUGGACUAUACUGGCGACUUCAACUUUAGCACGACCCAGUCCGAAUUCGAGGCAAUGUUCCGAAGUCCGCAAGCUCCAAGCGCCUCUUCAAGCGUAUGGGCGAGAAGUACACCUGGUCAGUCAGGCUCAACAGAGGAGGCCGAGUAUCCUUCAGGUGCCCACCCGCAACUGCUAGGUCUUAGCGGUGAUAUGGAUCCCCUUCUCCUGCGUCAUUAUCGUUUUGAUGACCGCGGCAUGUUCGGGUUCAAGGAGCUUGCUAUCCACUCGGUGAAAGAACAACCAGUACCUUGUCACUUUCUUGUCUCACAACAAUCUAUCUUCUCUCGUCGCAGACAAGAGGCUGGCUCCGAUCAACCACAAGAAAGCACGAGCAGACAGGAAUUAGAGGAUGUGAUUCCAGCCCGCGUCGGCGAGCGUCUCAUCAAACUCUUCUGGGAUUUCAUUCAGCCCCAGUGGCCCAUUCUAUCUACAUCACAACCUGUAGAGCCAUCCUUAUCACCUCCGUAUCUUCUUGCCGCUAUCUAUUCUAUCACUUUACCAUUUGCGCUUCACGAUGAUAAGCUAAGUGUCGACGUUGCGUAUGACAACCCUCCCUACCCGGACUUGGGCCAAAUUAUCAACAAGGCUCUCACCUACGAAGUCCAUUCGCCGAGCAUAGCGGUUGCUCAGACUCUUCUGCUCCUUGCUUUACGCCCAUCUGCAGACCCUCUCGUCGCAGACACGACGUACAGGCGGGACAUCCUGGGGAGGCUGGUUGCUUGUGCAACUACGCUGGGUCUUCAUUUGGAUCCCUCGGGAUGGUCAAUACCAGAUUGGCAAAAGGCCCAAAGACAGAGGCUAUCAUUCUGUAUCUUUGUCGCCGAUACUUGGAUAGCCUGCGUUCAGGGGUCUCCAACACUAAUUCACCAAGAUAAUUGGCUUAUUACCGCGGUGGAACAUGGAAGCUUUGUUGCUUCAGGACUGCGGGAUCAAGAUGAGACUCAGCUUUGCCAGUUCUCUGCUGUCACUGAAACUCUCAACACGGCGCUUACCAGUCUUUAUUCAGCCCGCGCUGUCAAUGACUUGACCAAAAACCACGAGAGGACCUCCGUCUUAACGAAGUCUCUGCUCCAUAGUCUUGCCUCGGUCACGGGACCGACUGUGUCGGAAUCAAAUCCACAACGUUCUGCUCAGCUUUAUGUUCGUAUGAUCAUCUUGCGGGCUGGACUUCGCCCAGUGCUAUUCCAGAGUACAACAGAUCACAACUUAUCUGACAAAGAAACGAGCAUGACGGAAGAGCUGAGACAAUCUAUGCGAGACUGUACUCGUGGUCUAUCUGAUGUCGUGAAGAGCCUGAGCUCAGAUACAGAUAACGUCUUUUGGCCAUCUUGGACUCAGCUCAUCUUUUCCUCAAUUUGCUUUACUCAAAUGACAAUGGCCAUCUCCUCACACACUUACCAAGAAGCUUCUGAUUGGAUCACUGAUUUGCAGUCCACACGGAAGAGUCUUCGAUUGAAAGUGGUGUCAUAUCCCUUCCUGCGCCUGGGUUUGCUGAGAAUCGAUGCUCUUUUCUGGCGAGGUCUUACCGACGUCUUACACCUCGAGGAGCACGUCAAAGAAGCAUUCAUGGCAGCAGAGUCCGCAUGA